AUGAAGUCGGUGCAUCGCUUGGGCGGGAAGAUGAUGAAGCGGUCCGCGGACCAGCAGGAUGUGGGCGCUGUCAUUGCCUCGUUCAAGGCGACGGAUGAGAUGCUGGAUCGCAUGAUCAAGGACCUCAAGACCUGGCGAAAUGGCUGGGAUGAUAUCCUCAAGCUCCAGUACGAUGCUUCAGAGGCUUUCGCCAACCUGUACAAACCCAUCGAACCUGCAACCUACCCUGAACAACGCCGUAAGCCAGCCGAGACGCCCCAACAGUACAUGCAGAAAUGCCUCGCCCUGCAGAAGAUGUACUCGGACAUGAAGCAAGAUCUGCAGCAAGAGAUCAGCAUGAUCGAUAAUAAGCUCAUUCGUCCUGUGGAUGAGGCGAAGAGGGCCACGAAAGCUCUACAGAAGACGUUGAAGCAUCGGGAGAAUAUGAAGCUGGAUUAUGAGCGGUACUUGAGCCGUGCGGAGCAUGCGAGGAAGAAGGCGGCCAAGUCGCCGAAGGACGAGGCCGCGUUGGAGAAGCACGAGAGUGAUUUGACGCAGGCGCAGAUUGACUACCAGACGGCAGACGAUCAGGUCAAGCAGACGUUUCCGCCUGUUACGGACGCGGUGUGCAGCCUGCUGCCGUAUCUGUUGGCGAUCCAGGUCCAAGUGCAGACGACGUUGGUGGGACAGAUUUAUACGAGUCUGGAUGCGUACUGCAAGAAGCAUGGAAUGCCUUCGCCGGCUCCCAGUGAUGCGGAGAUCAUUAGCAGGUGGGAUGGGGAGUUUACAGGUCUUCGAAAGGAGCUCGAGGAGGGUAUCACCCUUCUCGCUGGUGGCAAGGCGAAGAAUCAGGCUAUGAACGUGCCGGAUAAGGAUGGCAGCACAUUGACGGGGUUGGGGCUUCGAAACAAGGCUGGUCUGCAUUCUACGCAUACAUCGGACAAGGAUGGCAGUACUAUGACUGGUCUGGGAAUUAGAAACAAGACCAUGGGCCUGGCACAUCGUGCGAAGGGGGACAGCUCACCGCGCCCUCCGACAAACGGCAGUACAUACGGUGGUGGGAGCACUCAUCACUACCAAGAGGACGACGAGCUGGCACCACCGAAGCCACCGAGACCAAGCACGGGCUCACCAACGCUCUCCCCCGGCAUCUCCAUGACCAACAAUCCACGCAUGCCAUCCUACUCCAACAACAACUACGACCAAAAGCCCACCAACUUCAUGCCCUCGAUGCCAUCACAGAACCCACCUCCCUACACGGAAUCCGUCAACAGCACUCCACCCUCCCACUACCGCACCCCCGUAAACGGCAACUCCCCAGACCCGUCCCACGCCGCCGGAAAUGACUACUUCGACAACAAGAACCCGCGCCCCUCCGCCUCACGAGCCUCCAGCGCCGCCAGCAUCGCCGCAGCCGCCAAGAAGAAGCCUCCACCCCCUGUCCCCGUCAAGCGGAUCCCUAGUCAGCAAGGCCAGUUCGUUACGGCGUUGUAUGAUUUUGACGGCCAGAAUGAUGGGGAUUUGUCGUUUCGGGAGGGAGAUAAGAUUCGCGUGGUGAAGAGGACGGAGAGUACGGAUGAUUGGUGGGAGGGGGAGUUGAGGGGACGGAUGGGGAGUUUUCCGGCGAAUUAUGUGCAGGUUUGA